GUCUCUCUUCAACUGGAAUGAUGAGAAGUGAAAUAAAUAUGUGACCAUGAGAACACUGUAACCUAUGAAUGAUGUGCUGAGACUGGAAACCCAAAAUGAUGAAAAGAAUUUCUGCUUGAACACUGCAUAGCUGCUGGGAAAAUGAACAUCAGUGUUGAUUUGGAAACGAAUUAUGCCGAAUUGGUUCUAGAUGUGGGAAGAGUCACUCUUGGAGAGAAGAGUAGGAAAAAAAUGAAGGAUUGUAAACUGAGAAAAAAGCAGAAUGAAAGUGUCUCACGAGCUAUGUGUGCUCUGCUGAAUUCUGGAGGGGGAGUGAUCAAGGCUGAAAUUGAGAAUGAAGACUAUAGUUAUACAAAAGAUGGAAUAGGACUAGAUUUGGAAAAUUCUUUUAGUAACAUUCUGUUAUUUGUUCCUGAGUACUUAGACUUCAUGCAGAAUGGUAACUACUUUCUGAUUUUUGUGAAGUCGUGGAGCUUGAACACCUCUGGUCUGCGGAUUACCACCUUGAGCUCCAAUUUGUACAAAAGAGAUAUAACAUCUGCAAAAGUCAUGAAUGCCGCUGCUGCACUGGAGUUCCUCAAAGACAUGAAAAAGACUAGAGGGAGAUUGUAUUUAAGACCAGAAUUGCUGACAGAGAGUCCCCGUGUUGAUAUACAAGAAGAAAGUAACAUGAAGGCCUUGGCUGGGGGCUUUUUUGACAGAACAGAACUUGAUCGGAAAGAAAAAUUGACCUUUACUGAAUCCACACAUGUUGAAAUUAAAAACUUCUCGACAGAAAAGUUGUUACAAAGAAUUAAAGAGAUUCUUCCUCAAUAUGUUUCUGCAUUUGCAAAUACUGAUGGAGGAUAUUUGUUCAUUGGUUUAAAUGAAGAUAAAGAAAUAAUUGGCUUUAAAGCAGAGAUGAGUGACCUCGAUAAGUUAGAAAGAGAAAUCGAAAACUCCAUUAGCAAGAUGCCUGUGCAUCACUUCUGUGUGGAGAAGAAGAAGAUAAAUUAUUCAUGCAAAUUCCUUGGAGUGUAUGAUAAAGGAAGUCUUUGUGGAUAUGUCUGUGCCCUCAGAGUGGAGCGCUUCUGCUGUGCAGUGUUUGCUAAAGAGCCUGAUUCCUGGCAUGUGAAAGAUAACCGUGUGAUGCAGUUGACCAGGAAGGAAUGGAUCCAGUUCAUGGUGGAGGCUGAACCAAAAUUUUCCAGGUCAUAUAAAGAGCUGUUCUCUCAAAUAAAUAUGUCAUCACCUGCUCCUCACAGUUGGCCUCUUUUGGAAUGGGAACGGCAGAGACAUCACUGUCCAGGGCUAUCAGGAAGGGUAACGUAUACUCCAGAAAACCUUUGCAGAAAACUAUUCUUACAACAUGAAGGACUUAAGCAAUUAAUAUGUGAAGAAAUGGGCUCUGUUAGAAAGGGCUCACUGAUCUUCUCUAGGAGCUGGUCUUUGGAUCUGGGCUUGCAAGAGAACCACAAAGUCCUCUGUGAUGCUCUUCUGAUUUCCCAGGACAAGCCUCCAGUCCUAUACACCUUCCACAUGGUACAGGAUGAGGAGUUUAAAGGCUAUUCUACACAAACUGCCCUAACCUUAAAGCAGAAGCUGGCAAAAAUUGGUGGUUACACUAAAAAAGUGUGUGUCAUGACAAAGAUCUUCUACUUGAGCCCUGAAGGCAAGACAAGCUGCCAGUAUGAUUUAAGAUCGCAAGUAAUUUACCCUGAAUCCUACUAUUUUACAAGAAGGAAAUACUUGCUGAAAGCCCUUUUUGAAGCCUUAAAGAGACUCAAGUCUCUGAGAGACCAGUUUUCCUUUGCAGAAAAUCUAUACCAGAUAAUCGGUAUAGAUUGCUUUCAGAAGAAUGAUAAAAAGAUGUUUAAAUCUUGUCGAAGGCUCACCUGAUGGAAGAUGGACUGGGCUACUGAGAUAUUUUUCAUUAUAUAUUUGAUAACAUUCUCUAAUUCUGUGAAAAUAUUUCUGUGAAAACUUUGCAAGUUAAGCAACUUAAUGUGAUGUUGGAUAAUUGGGUUUUGCCUAUCUUCACUUCUCCCUAAAUAAUCUUCACAGAUAUUGUUUGAGGGAUAUUAGGAAAAUUAAUUUGUUAACUCGUCUGUGCACAGUAUUAUUUACUCUGUCUGUAGUUCCUGAAUAAAUUUUCUUCCAUGCUUGAACUGGGAAAAAUUGCAACACUUUUAUUCUUAAUGACAACAGUGAAAAUCUCCCAGCAUAUACCUAGAAAACAAUUAUAACUUACAAAAGAUUAUGCUUGAUGAAACUCAGAAUUUCCACAGUGGGAAUGAAUAAGAAGGCAAAACUCAUUUCCUCAAAACAAAACUCCAGGAAUUUUCUGGAUCUUCUUGAGCUACUUUCACACUAUUUACUUGGAAGGGUUGUGGAUUUCCUAACUGGUCAGCUAGCACCUUUAAAGAACUCACAAGAAUGGUUACUUUAUUUUUCUACAAGCAGUUCUGAAUAAAGAAGCAUGAGAUGACAAAAUGUGGAAAAUCCUCUCUAAGAUUUGAAGGAAAGCAGCCAAGGUAUAAGUAGAAACUCUUUUAGACGAGAGUUUUUAUCAACAAGAGGAAGGAGCACCAGGGUCUGGCAUUUCCCACUCAUCUAAGAUGAGCUAAGGGACCAAGAUGAAGCUCAGCAGAGUGGGAUACACCCUUGGCUGGGUGUUCUGAAUUCAUGCCUAAGACCUUCAGUGGGAUCUUGGAACAGAGAAUGGAGCCUAAAUUACCCAUCAGGGCCUCAGCCUUUUCCACCACUGUGUCCAAUGCCAGAGGAAGUCGAUCAACGCAUUCAGUAUUCUGAGAAAAGUUUUACUAACACAUAUUUUGCCAAACGAGAUGAUGUUUGACUGUAAAGGAAAUAGGCAGACAUUCUUAUCAAAGGAUAUAGGGAACGGAACGUAGUUCUCUUCUACCUUCUUGAAAACUAUGUUACAAUGAAAUCCAGCCAAUGAAGAGAUGAAUCAAAAUGAAGAACUUAAAACGAGAGCAUACUUGCACUCCUGGAGUCUCUCUCUAGCCCUGAACUGUGGCCAGCACAGUGUGUCAGCCUGUACCAGCUGCCGGUAUGGGUGACCUGGGCACGGGCAAGACAAUCAUCAUCACACACUGUGUGCACCAGAACUCCUCUUGGCAUCUCCAAGCCAGUUCACCAUUGUGUGAACUGUGCACUGAAGGAGCUCCACUGGGACUCAGAGGCCUUGGCACACCUGCAGCUGUGGAAUAUUGCGAUGAGGAAAGAUUGGGAAAAUGACAAGAGCCCACUGUCUGGAAUUUAUAGGUGCAUUGAUUGUCUUCAGUAUCACCAGCCCAGCCCCAUUUGAAGCAGAGCCAAAGUGGAAAAAUGAUUUGGACUAAACGUUAACUCAUGGCAGACCAGUUUCUGUGGUUCUGUUGGCCAAGAAACGUGACCAUGGGAGGAUGAACGCAGGAACAAUAGCCUCAAGAUGGGCCAGAUCUACAUGGAACAUAGUUUUGUAGGAUGAGUUGAAGCAUCAGCAAAGGAAAAUGUAAACUUUGAUGAAGCCUCCAGGUGCCUGGAUGCCAAAUAGACAAAUACAGAAUAUAAGAAAACACAGUAAGAGCCAUUGGCCCCGUGCUUAUUUGGCAUCAUUGCAAGAAACCUGGGGUAGUGAUAGUGGAUGUAUUUAGAGAGUGAGGCAUAAGCUCACCUAAACAGCCUAGAAAAUGUUUUACUAUGAGAGUAAGAAGGAAGAACACAAGUGGAUAUAUGAGGAGUCAUUGCAGUCUGGCCCAUCAGUAAGUUUUUCAUGUGUACAUCAUUAGUCAAGAAAGUAGAUCUGAAAUUUUGGAGGGUGUUUAAUAUAAUCUUGGUGGAGUUGUAAAGUGGGUUAAAAGUCUGAAUUAUAUAUAUAUCAAAGUGGCAGGUCUGGCAGUCAUAUUGUUGAACAGUAUGGCUGAUACAUUAAUAAUAUAUGUGUACAUUCGUGUAUGUGUGUAUAACCAAGGGGAAGGGGUGGUCAUGGUCAGAGACAUAAGACAAGAGGUCGGUGGGCGGAAGCUUGAAGGAGUGGUGGGGAGGGCGCUGGGGAGUGAGUGGAUCAAGGAGUUGACUAAUAGGAAACAACUGCCUCUAGGAGAAGGCAAUAAUCUCCAUUACUUUUUAUUAUUUUAUUUUAUUUUUUAGGGACAAGGUCUUGCUCUGUCGGCUGGGCUGGAUUGCAGUGGUGUGAUCAUAGCUUACUGCAGCAUUGAACGCCUGGGCUCAAAAGAUUCUCUCACCUAAGCCUCCUGAGUAGCUAGGACUACAGACACACACCAACUCACCUGGCUAAUUUUUAAAAUUUUUGUAGAGAUAGGGUCUCACUAUGUUGCUCAGGCUGGUCUCAACUCCUGGGGCUAAGCAAUCCUCCUGUCUUGGCCUCCCAAAGGGCUCAAAUAGGCAAAAUUGAGCUGUUAAAUGGAGAAGCAGUGGGGAUAAUUAUCCCCUUUCAUAAUCAGGUUCUGUAUAACAAGUCUUAAUCCUUGAAGGGCCUAUUCUAACUUAAAUUGUGCCAUAUUAACUAUUUUAAAGAGGGAUUUAUAGGGUCCCAUUUUAUCAAGCCAUUUUUUAAGUGCCAAAAUUUUAACUUUAAUUUAUUAUUUGUUGUGUCAGAGAGUCUGUGUCCAAUAUGAGAUACUUUAAAGCAAUGGGUACAAAACUAUGGGAAAUUCAACCAAAGCAGUAAAGUGAGGGAUAGUUAUUCAAAAUAUUUUUUAACUUUAGUUACCUUUCUAAGAUUAGAGGGGGUACAAUAUUUAAAUUUAGUGAGAACCCCAAGUAUAAUAUAUAUUUUUUUGAGAAGGAGUUUCGCUCUUGUUGCCCGGGCUGGAGUGCAAUGAUGCUAUCUCGGCUCACGGCAACCUCCGCUUCACAGGUUCAAGUGAUUCUCCUGACUCAGCCUCCCAAGUAGCUGGGAUUACAGGCACCUGCCACCAUGCCUGGCUAAUUUUUGUAUUUUUAGUAGAGGCAGGGUUUCACCAUGUCGGCCAGGCUGGUUUUGAACUUCUGACCUCAGGUGAUCCACUCGCCUCGGCUUCCCAAAGUGCUUGGAUUAUAGGUGUAAGCCACUGCGGCCCACUCCAAGUAUAAUUGGAGUCCCAGUAUUGAUUGAGUCCAUGAAGUAUGUCAGCUGGUAUAUUUCAGCAAAUGCUGAAGUUAAUUUAGACCUUAUGUUGUAGAGACAAAAAAUCUAAUCAGUGUCCUUUUAUCUUUUUGUAAUAUAAAUUCUUUGGCAUAUACAUUCUGGAUUUCUAAUUGGGCCGAAUUAUGGACCUUUGUUUUAAUUUAGUUACAUAUGUUAUAUCCACAUCUAUAUGUACACAUACAAUCUAUUCCUUAUGUCUAUAUUGAAAUAUUAUAUCGAAGGCCUGACUAGAGUGUCCGCCAUGGAGUCGCAGAAAGAGGCGCGAACACUCCAGGAACCCAUCGCGCGGCCGCCUGGGGCCUCAAGGUCUCAGACGCCAAAAUACAAGGAGCGGCGGGAGGGCGGCGCGGUGCUGGCGACGGCUGCCCUGGGCGCAGAGGUGGACGACGCUAGUGUGGACGCGCUGUGGCUGCUGCAGGUGGAGCCGGCCGAGCUGAGGCCUGAGUGCAGCCGCUGCAGCCGGCCUCAGAAAGUGUGUUUGUGUCCAUUUCUCCCAGCGCACCCUUUGCAUAUCUCUACCCACUUGUACAUAAUUCAGCAUCCAGCAGAGGAACACAAAAUGUUGCGGACAGUUCCUCUACCAGCAGCAUGCCUCCCCCAAGACAAGUGCAAAGCGAAGACUGGUCGUCGCUUCAGUGAAGAAAGAGAUCCUGAACUUUCAACUGUUUGCCGGAAGUUUGGUACAUUAAUAUUAUAUCCAGGGGCUGAAGCUGCUAAUCUGGAAGAAUUUAUAUUAGAUUCUCCUGUUUAUCCUCUACAAUCAUCAUCAUUGAUGGUACACGGAGCCAGGCUAAAGACAUUUUCUGUAAGAAUUCCUUGUUCUGACACCCCCAAACAGGUGCAGUUAAAAAUUAGCAUUUCUAGUCAGUAUGUAGUUCAGAUGCAGCCAAUUAAUAGAUGUCUUUCUACACUGGAGUGUGCACCUGUUGCUCUUUCCAUCUUGGAGAAAAAUAAUUACAUACAAGAGACUUUGCUCCGCCCUCUUGAAGCUUUAUGCUCUUUCCAGGUUUAACAUGGUGACCAAAUUCGCCUCAGCAAGGAACACCUUCUGAAAAAUGGAUUAUAUCCUAAACCAAUGCCAAAGAACAAACACAAACUCAGGAAAAUGGAACUAUUAAAGAAUAGUGUUAAAAUUUAGUACAGUUGUUCUUUUGGUGUUAGCUUACCUGUCUUCAUCUAACAAUACCAAGUUGUUUUCAUAUAGUUUAGGUCUGUAGGUUUUUGACUUGCUAAAGAAUGAGAAUUGCAUACUAAUCUUGCCCAGAAGAAGGAAGUAAACCAAAUAUUCAUAGAAACAAACAAACAAAUGAAAAUUCACUGGCUCACUGAAAAGCAAGAUUUCAUACUGUACUUGUUUUUAAAAAUGUGCCUCUAAUAAUACAUGUUUUCAAACCCAAAUUUAAAGUGUGAUUUGUUGUUGAGCUGGGUUAGAAGUUCUUGCUUGUAAAAUAGAAGGAAAUCCUUGUGGUAGAUUGAAACAGUAUUGUUUCCAUUAAUGUUUAUAAAUAAGUAGGUGUAGACCAAUAAUAUAAGAUACCUACAUCAAUUUGCAGUCCUAACUUUAUAAUUUGAAAUAAGUAGCAAAAGAAAAUUAUGAUAAUUAAGUAAUUCAUUAUUUUGUAAAACACUAUAAAGGAAUAAGAAAACUUUAUUGUUGGGGCUAAAUUUGAAUUCAGCUAAUAUGAUAUAAGUGUUCUAUUAAUUGCCCUGAUUUUUAAAGAGGUACAUGUAAUUUUGAAAUAGCACACAUUUUCAUUUGCAAUCACUCUGGAUAAAUUUCCCCUAUUUUUCAGUGUUCAUUGCACAGGCUUAUUGACUAUGGUAAACUUAUUUUAUUGAAGUUUUCAAACAGAAAAUAGUAAGUGGAAUAUGAUACAACUGUUAUUUUCAGAACAUAUUUCUUUAGGGCUAUUUAAAAUAACCUUUUUAAUGGGCAAAAACUUUCAAUUUGAGAGAACAAAUUCCUCUCCUCUGUGGGAAAAUAUUUGCUGAGAUUUUGUAUAGAAUAAGAGACAUGUAUGUAACAUAUAUUUAUAUUCAGCAUAAGUCUACUGCAAUCAUGUACACAUCUUGGCAAGAAGAGGGGAUUUUGUUUAGUCUUUGUUUAUGACUUCUAGAGUUUCCUGUAUCUAGUGUUAAGUUGUAAGGAAAAACUAAACAUGCAAUUGAAAGGUAAACUUGAUAACUAUAUAUGGAACAUAAGCAUACACCAAUGGUUAUUUCUCACAGUUUUCAUGCUCAUUUGUUUAUUAUUUACUUGGAUUAGGCUCAUUAAAAACCAUAAUGCUGGUCACAAUUAGAAUGCUAAUAUUUGGGGAAGCUAUGCAGAAAAUAUUUUAAAAUAUUAAAAGUUAGAGUGCUAUCUUCUGUUGUUGAUUUAUAUUUGGAUUUAAAAACAAAUUAGGGCUGGGCCCAGUAGCUCACACCUGUAAUCCCAGCACUUUGGGAGGCUGAGAUGUGAGAAUUGCUUGAGCUCAGGAGUUUGAGACCAGCCUGGGCAACAUGGUGAGACCCCAACUCCACACAAAUUUUUUUUUUAAUAAUUAACCAGACAUGGUGCUGUGCACCUGUGGUCUCAGCUGCUUAGGAGGCUGAGGCAGGAGGAUUGCUUGGGCCCAGGAGGUCGAGGCUGCAAGGAGCUGUGUUCAUUCCACUGCACUCUAGCCUGGGUUACAGAGUGAGACCUAUCUCCAUAAAUAAAUAAACAAAUUAGCUCAUUUACAAUGUAAAACGCCUAAUGUCAGAUGAUUAUUUGGUGCUCUAGAAAAUAAAUAGCAUAUAAUACUGUAUAAUAUAGUUUCUUAACAAGUGGGGCUAAAAAUCAUUUUAUAGUAAUUUUUCACAUUGAUAUUAAACUUCAUGAGUUUCGUUUAGUCAUUAUUAUUUUUUAAAAAGAAAACUCCCCCCAUCCCUAAUAUACCAUUUUGUAUCUCAAAAUUUUACUUUGUUGAUUUUUAAAGAGUAAUUUCUACUUUUAUCAUCUUUUAAAUAAAACAUUUUUGUGUAUUUUUCAAGACAAAAA